CGAAUUGGCUGCGUUCACGGCGCGCUGAGCAGCUGGGAUGAGGCGAGCUAAGAUGGCGGCUGCCGAGGAUCCCGUGGACGACGGUGAGCUGUGGCAUACCCGGCUUCCUAACCACGCCGUGUUUCUGCGGCUUCGGGAGGGACUGAAAAACAAAAGCCCCGCCGAAACUGAGAAAUUGUCUUCUUCAUCGUUGUCUUCGCCGCCAUCGUUGCUGACGAGAAACCUACUUUUCGGCCUCGGCGGAGAGAUUUUCCUGUGGGACGGGGAAGGCAGCUCCUUCUUAGUCGUUCGCCUUCGGAGCCUCGGCGGCGGCGAAGAACCCUCCCUUUCUCAGUAUCAGAGAUUGCUUUGUAUAAAUCCACCCCUCUUUGAAAUCUAUCAAGUCCUAUUGAGUCCAACACAGCAUCAUGUAGCACUUAUAGGACUAAAAGGACUUAUGGUAUUAGAAUUACCUAAAAGAUGGGGGAAAAAUUCUGAAUUGGAAGGUGGAAAAUCAACAGUGAAUUGUAGUACCACUCCAAUUGCUGAGAGGCUUUUCACCAGUUCUACCUCUCUGACUCUAAAGCAUGCUGCCUGGUACCCAAGUGAAAUGCUGGAUCCCCACAUAAUGCUGUUAACAUCAGACAAUGUAAUAAGAAUUUAUUCUCUGCGUGAGCCCCAGAUACCUGCUAAGGUGAUUGUACUUUCAGAAGCAGAAGAGGAAAGUCAAAUACUCAAUAAAGGAAGGGCAUAUACUGCAUCUUUAGGAGAGACAGCAGUUGCAUUUGACUUUGGGCCAUUGGCUCCAGUUUCAAAGAACAUAUUUGGACAAAAAGGCAAAGAUGAAGUCAUGGCGUACCCACUAUACAUCCUAUAUGAGAAUGGGGAGACUUUCCUUACGUAUGUUAGUCUAUUACAAAGCCCCGGAAGUAUUGGAAAGCUGUUAGGUCCGUUGCCCAUGCAUCCUGCAGCUGAAGAUAACUAUGGUUAUGAUGCUUGUGCUAUACUUUGCUUACCCUGUGUCCCCAACAUCUUAGUGAUCGCUACUGAAUCCGGAAUGCUCUAUCACUCUGUUGUGCUGGAAGGGGAAGAAGAAGAUGACCAGACUUCAGAAAAAUCCUGGGAUUCCAGGGCUGAUCUUAUCCCUUCUCUGUAUGUGUUUGAAUGUGUUGAGUUGGAGCUUGCUCUGAAACUGGCAUCUGGAGAGGAUGAGCCGUUCGAGUCUGACUUUUCUUGUCCAAUCAAACUUCACAGAGAUACCAAAUGUCCCUCAAGAUACCACUGUACUCAUGAAGCUGGUGUACAUAGUGUUGGGCUAACUUGGAUUCACAAACUUCACAAAUUUCUUGCAUCAGAUGAAGAAGAUAAGGAUAGUUUACAGGAACUUGCUACAGAACAGAAAUGCUUUGUAGAACACAUCCUGUGUACCAAGCCAUUGCCGUGCAGGCAACCGGCUCCAGUUCAAGGAUUCUGGAUCGUCCCUGACAUUCUGGGACCCACAAUGAUCUGCAUCACAAGUACCUAUGAAUGCCUCAUCAGACCUUUAUUAAGCACUGUCCACCCAGCAUCUCCUCCCCUGCUCUGUGCCCAAGAAGAUGUUGAAGUGGCAGCGUCUCCCCUCCGUAUUCUGGCUGAAACCCCGGAUUCGUUUGAAAAGCACAUUAGAAGCAUUUUGCAACGUAGUGUUGCCAACCCAGCAUUUCUGAAGUUGUCUGAAAAGGAUACGGCCCCUCCUCCUGAAGAAUGUCUACAGCUGAUUAGCAGAGCCACACAGGUGUUCAGAGAACAGUACAUCCUUAAACAGGACCUGGCAAAGGAGGAGAUUCAGCGCAGGGUCAAAUUAUUGUGUGACCAGAAAAAGAAACAACUAGAAGAUCUCAAUUACUGUCGUGAGGAAAGAAAAAGUCUACGAGAAAUGGCUGAGCGCUUAGCUGACAAAUACGAGGAAGCUAAGGAGAAACAAGAAGAUAUCAUGAGCAGGAUGAAAAAGGUGCUGCACAGUCUUCACAGUCAGCUCCCAGUCCUCUCUGACAGUGAGAGAGACAUGAAGAAAGAAUUACAGCUGAUUCCUGAUCAACUUCGACAUUUGGCCAAUGCCAUUAAGCAGGUCACUAUGAAAAAGGACUAUCAACAGCGGAAGAUGGAAAAGGUAAUGAGUCCUCAGAAACCCACCAUUACUCUCAGUGCCUACCAGCGAAAGUGCAUUCAGUCCAUCCUAAAGGAGGAGGGUGAACACAUAAGGGAAAUGGUGAAGCAAAUCAAUGAUAUCCGAAAUCACAUCAACUUCUGACACCACCAGGACAGAGUCAUAGCUUAAGUGAAGUGAACACAACUGAAGAUAUAAAUCCCAUUCUAUAAACAAACAUUUUCUAAUUUAUAAAGAAGCAUUUUGA